CAGAAAGACAACUUCAUUUUGAGUUGCAUCACCUUUUAUAUCAAACCACAGCGGGGGAAGCAGAAUCAAAAAGGUUGUGGUUAGGGUGGAGGAGCUUAACAAAUAAAUAGACAGAAUAAGAACACAGUGUACAGAGACAGAAAACCUGAACCUGCAGCUAAAAGACAAAGAGGUAGUAAAAACUGCCUCCAUCUGAAGGUACAAACAGUUUCUACAGAGUGAUCAUGGCUGAGUACAAGCUAGAGGUGACAACAGGUGACAUGCAAUAUGCAGGAACAUGGGACAACAUAUAUGUCACCUUAAUUGGAGCUGAAGGGCAGAGUGAGAGAACUGAGUUGGACAACUAUGGCUUUGACUUUUCAACUGGAACAACAGGGACCUACACCAUGAAAACCAGUUCGUCUCUGGGGAAACUUCUGCUGGUCAAAGUGGAGAAAGACCCUUUUUUGAUUCUCCCAGAAGAUGAGUGGUACUUCUCCAAAGUAGUGGUGACGACUCCAGAGGGAGAAGCCAUUCUUUUCCCCUGUUACAGAUGGAUCUCCAGGGGAGAACUGGUGGAGCUGAGAGGAGGGAAAGCCAUGAAGGGUUUUGAGGAGGACCACCCCCUGUUGAUUGACUACCGGAAAAAAGAGCUCACACUUAAAAAGAGCUUGUACCAAUGGAAGAUUAUGGCUGAUGGACUACCCCAAAUCAUCCAUUUUGAUGAUCCAACUGAGAUCCCACCUGACUUUCGUUACUCUAAGUCCAAGAUAUCUGAACAAAAUUAUUCAAAAAUGAUAAUCGGUCUUGAACUGAAGUUGAAGGGGCUGGUUGGAUCUAAUGAAAAAUGGGAAAGCUUUGAAGACAUGAAAAAAAUCUUCUGCUGCAAAAAGACGCCAAUGUCAGAGUAUGUUACAGAGCACUGGAAGGAAGACGACUUUUAUGGAUCCCAGUUUCUGAACGGAGUCAACCCCAAUGUGAUCAAGCGCUGCUCAGAGCUUCCCCCAAACUUUCCAGUCACAGAGGAGAUGGUGAAGCCGUUCCUGGCAGAGGGAACCUCUCUGCAGAAGGAAAUGGAGAAAGGCAACAUAUUCCUCUAUGACCAGAAGAAGAUGGAUGGAAUAACCCCCAGAACCUAUAAUGGUGAACCUCUGCAUGUGACUGCUGGUCUCUGUUUACUCUACAUGAACCCAGAAAACAAACUGAUGCCAAUAGCAAUACAGCUGCACCAACAACCCUCUGAGCAGAACCCCAUCUUUCUGCCCAGUGACCCAGAGCCUGACUGGCUGCUGGCCAAGAUGUUCAUCAAAAAUGCAGAUUUCAUGGAUCAUCAAGCUGUUCAUCACUUCAUGAACACUCACUUUCUGGCUGAGGUCUAUACUGUUGCCGCUCUCCGCAGCUUCUCUGUGAUUCACCCCCUCUAUAAGCUGCUGGUUCCACACUUCCGAUACACUCUCUACGUAAAUACUAGAGGCCGCAAAGCUCUUUUUGGACCUGAUGGGGUUUUGAGUACGAGUUCACUUGGCUAUGACGGACUGCGGGAGCUCAUGAGAAGGGCUCACUCUGAAACAACCUACAGCUCCCUCUGCCUGCCAGAGAACAUCACUGCACGAGGACUGGAGUCCAUACCCAACUUCUACUACAGAGAUGAUGGCCUGAAGUUGUGGAACAUCAUCAACAGCUUUGUGAAGGCAGUGGUGGAGUACUUCUAUCCCUCAGACAGUGAGGUGCUUAAAGACACUGAGCUCCAGGAUUGGAUCAGUGAGAUAUUUACACAUGGCUUCUUAGGAAACAAAGCUUCAGGGUUUCCAGCAGGCUUUCAGACUGUCCAGGAAGUGAUCAAGUUCAUCACCAUGGUGAUCUUCACAGUGACGGUUCAGCAUGCUGCAGUACACAAUGGGGAGUUUGAUUACCAGUCCUGGAUGCCUAAUGGCUCGCUGCUGCUGCUGCACAAAGCUCCUCCGACCACAAAGGGGCAGUCAAGCAUGGAGACAAUUUUGGAGACCCUCCAAGAUGUUGGCGAGACAGUGAAAUUUGCAGCAUUGACUUGGUUGCUUUCAGACAAAUACACAGAUAAUGUUACCUUGGGUUCAUACCCUGAAGAACGAUUCAAUGAGCCUGCCCCUAAGCAGAUGAUGAAGAAAUUUCAAGCAGAGCUGUCCUCCCUCAGUGAAGCAAUUACAAUAAGAAACUCACAGCUUGAAGUACCCUACACAUAUCUGAACCCUACUCAGAUAGAAAACAGUGUAACUGUUUGAGAAAGUCUGAAGGAGCCAUUCUGCAUGAGACAAUGGCACCAUGCAUUUCUCAAAACCUGUCUUGCAUGUUGGGAGGUGUGUUAUACUUUGCAUGUAGUACAUACCAUAGGUGAGGUGUUAGAGCCAGUUAGUGAGGUGUUGCAUGCUGGGACAAAAGGACAAUGUAUAUUUUGGGUAUGUCAUGAUGAGCUGGUCUGUGGUAUGCUAACAAUGUUGACAUGGUGUUAUCUGAAUCAGUUACCAAUAAAAAACCUUACCAGUUCCUACUGGUAGGGUUAGGGUUAACCAGGGGAAUAAUAACUGUUCUUUAAAAGAAACACAUAAUACUCUUUUUUUGUAAUGCUGGUAAUCUACUGGGUACAGUACUGGGAAACAAAAAAUAAGUUUGGGGUAAAGGGUUUAACGUGUAGGCCUAUAUUCUGUGGAAUCUAUUGUUGGGAUCACUGGACUCCACAGUUGAGUCCAGUAUUCCACAGUAUUUGUGCAACUCUAAACGGGACAUAAAAGCACGUCCUGUAAGUUCAGCCCACUCAAAAUGGCAGCUGAAGCCCCUUUGCUCUUGAGACAAAAGAAAAUCAACUCAGUUUCCCACAGUCCUCCAAGUUUUUGCACCUAGGCCAUUUUUCAUUCACUACUGGUCACUGUGGCAAGUGGCCCACAUCAUCAUCUGGUCAAUACAAGGGGAAAGCGUCCAUUAUUCUUUCUCCUAAGACCUCCACAGAGGAGAGUCAUUGGUGCUUCGGGGCCAUUCUGCCCUUUCUCUGCUUUUUGUCACCUUCCUGCAUGCUCACAGCAGAAAUGACUCUUCUCACUGAAAUGCUGUCUGAAUGUGGCCUGCUCCAGGCAGACACAGUGCACCAGCAGCCAGACAUAAAGUAUGACAGAUAACUUUCAAGCAAAGGAGCAACAAAGCCAAGUUAGUGCUGAGCUGCUGGAAUACAGCAAAAGACUACAUCAUAAACCACAAUUCUUCCCAGCCAGGCUUUGCUGAAACUGAGUUGAUGUUAGUAGGCUAAUUCUUUAAACAGACCCAGACUCUUGCAUACAACUCAACAUUCUUUGUACUAACUAGGAACCUUUAUACAUAUAUAAUUCAAUUUGGUCAAGACUGCUUUCAAAAAUAACUACACUCAGAGAGGGAACCCAAAGUUCCAGCCUUGCACGUCUUCCAUUCUGAUCGACCACAUGUGGUGAAGCAGAACCUCUCCCUCCCUCUCUCUCUCUCUCUCUCUCUCUCACACACACACACACACACACACACACACACACACACACACACACACACACCAUUUUGUGUGAGGCUUUUUGAAAGGGUGAUUGAGAUUGUACAGUAGGUCUGUGUGAUUUAUUUUUGCUUUGCUAUAGGGUGA